AUGCUCUCCAUUCCCCUCAUCCCACCUCCCUUUGACUCCACCCCCAUCCUGCCCACCGCCUUCCGGCCCCGCCCCGAAUCCCCACCACCACAUCAAACAACCCUCAGCAACAACCCCCAACACACGCGCCUCCUCCAACAACGUCGCGAUGAAGAACGCAAAGCCCAUAAUGCCCGCUCCCCGCUUGCGCUCCUCAACGCGGAUGAAGCAGCCAUCGCUGCGCGCAAAGCAGCCAUACGCAAUUUUGGCAGUUACUGGAUCCGACCACCAGGCGUGCCGAAGACGCUACAGGCUACGAAUGAGGAAGCGGCGGAGCGGGCGGAGGCGGAGGAAGCGGAGAGGCAGCAGGCCGGGCUGAGGGAUAUGGAGGCGCAGCAGCAGAUUGCGGAGGCGAGGGAGCAGGCGCAAGGUGGUGGUGGAGAGGGUGGCGAAGUCGAGAGGGACUUAGAUGAGGAGAUUCCGGACGCGGCGGAGAAUGAGGUUGGGGAGGUGAGCUUCAAUGAGGAGAGCUUGGUGGAAGGGGGUGGCAGUAUGGUUGCGGAGCAGCACCAGCAGGGACUACAGGACGCUGACGCUGUGGAGGAGGAGGAGGCGGAGGUGAGGGAGGCGUUGGAGAUGGAAGAAGCGGAGCUUACGGGUGUCGCUCAGGAAGAAGCAGAACUAGGGAUCGAGCGUGAUUUGGACGAUUCUGUCCCAGAGGCGGGCAGUUAUCAGCAUACCGAUACCGAAGUCGAGGAUAGCGACUCCGACAGCGAUCUCCAAGAUUCCUUCGCCAUCCAGAGCGCUAGACGGUCUGCUCGUGCGACGCGGCGGAUGGCCGCUCCACCUGCGCAGUUUGCUGUUGCUGCCGGCCCAGGCACGCCUCUGCAGGCUCAAGUGCAGAGUCUGGGCGCUUUGCAGGAGAGGAUGCGCGCUCAUGUUGGUGGUGGCCAGUCACUGCCGCGCAGUCCAGGAAGUCUGAACUUGUCGAGCUCGUUGCUGGAAAGCUCGUUCGUGGGGAGCAGUCCCGUGCUGCAGCGAGGCGGACGGGGAGGAAGGGCCAGGCCUGGAAGAAGGAGGGGAGCGAGGAGCAGCUGA